AUGGCGACGACGCCAACCAAAACAGACACCCUGGUUGAGCGCGUACCCUCUGCGGAGGUGAACAGCGAAAAGUUUGGGGAAAAGGGCGGGGAAAAGGACCAGGUCCCUUCUAUUCACGAAGUGCCUCUUCCGAUUUAUGACGACGCCGAAGCUCUCUCGAAGGGGACUGCAGCUCCCCUUCAAACUGCGGAGGAGAUCGUCACUCAGGUCAUUCAUGUUGACGAUGACCCAACACUCAAUCCAUGGACGUUCCGCAUGUUCUUCAUUGGUCUCGGAUUGUCCGCGUUCGGAGCGGUCCUGCAAGAGAUCAUGUACUUCAAGCCCCAGGUUGUUUACGUCUCGGUCAUGUUCUUGACUGUCCUUGCUCAAACUCUGGGUACGGCUAUGUCUACCUUUAUCCCACGACGGGGUGUCAUCGGCCGUUUUCUCAACCCUUUCCCGUGGAACCGGAAGGAACACACCGCAGCAGUCCUCAUGUCCUCGGCGGCAGCUGUCUCGGCCUUGUCUACGGAAGCUUUGGCUGUGCAAAAGCUCUAUUAUGGAGGAUAUCCUAAUGUAGCUGCGGGAAUCUUCAUUACGCUUUCUUCGCAGCUCAUUGGGUAUGGCGUUGCAGGCAUGAUGCGCAAUGUUUUGGUACACCCCACCUCAAUGCUGUAUCCCAUCAACCUACCCAUCACGACUGUCAUGGAGACCUUGCACAAGCCCAAAGCGGAGACCAAGCAGAGAUUCAAGGUAUUCUGGAUCGUAUUCGCGGCUAUCUUUUGCUGGGAAUGGUUCCCCGAGUACAUCUUCCCACUUUUGUCCGCGGUUUCCAUUUUCUGCUUGGCCGACCAACACAAUCUGAUCUUCACAAAUCUGUUCGGAGGCUCCCAGGGUAAUGAGGGCAUGGGAUUCCUGUCCGUCUGCUUUGACUGGAAUUAUAUCGCCGGUUUCGGAUCCCCACUUUGGAUGCCGCUUCAAACUUUGGCCAACAGUUUCAUUGGUUAUAUCGGGGGUAUCAUCCUCUCCAUGGCACUUUACUACGGAAAUAUCUGGAGAGCCAAGGAUUUCCCUUUCAUGUCUCAGCUUCUCUACGAUCAGAGCUCAAACACGACCACUGCUGUCCCAUACAACGAGACUGCAAUCAUGAACGCAGACUUCACCGUGAACAGCACCCUGGUGGAUCAGGCUGGAGCUCCUUACCUUACCGCCACGUACGUGAACUAUCUCAUCACAUCCAACGCUGGGCUCACGGCCACUAUUGUUCACAUGUUGCUCUGGAACUACGCUGAAGUCAGCCUUGGAUGGGCUUGGAUGACAUGGAGCAACUUGAAGAAGAUUUUGGAUCCUUCCUUUUAUAAGUUUUGGCAGCACACUGGUGUCCGAACCGAGGAGGAGAAGGAACAAAUUCGUCGGGACCCUUUAAUUGACCCUCAUUAUAAGCUGAUGCUUGACUACGAUGAAGUCCCCAGCAGUUGGUAUUUCUUAGUGUUCGUUGCCAGCUGGGUCACUGGUCUGAUAUGCUUAUACGUGAUGAAGUCCACCCUUCCGUGGUGGGGCUUUAUUGUCGCGACCAUCUUCCUCGUCACCUUUAUGGUCUUCUUCGGGGCGCAGUAUGCCAUUACGGGCUUCGGAUACAACUUGCAGCCGAUUUUCCAAAUGAUUGCUGGUUACAUGAUGCCCGGACGUCCUUUAGCUAAUAUGUACUUCACCACAUACACCUACAACGGUCUCUCGCAAGGGUGGCUGCUUCUCCGUGAUCUGAAACUCGCCCAACAAAACAAACUGUCACCGAAAGCGACGUUCGUCACACAAGUCAUCGGCUGUGUCAUGGGCGCCCUUCUCAACUAUGUGAUGAUGAUAACCAUCGUCCAAAACCAAGCAACCAUCCUCGAAACCGCCGAAGGAACAAACAUCUGGUCCGGCGCCCAAAUCCAGCAGUUCAACACUCUCGCCAUUGCAUGGUCCAUCGCACCCAAGAUGUUCUCCAUCGGCGCGCGCUACGAAUGGGUCACAGCAGCUUUCCUAGUCGGCUUCAUCGCCCCAUUGCCCUUCUACAUCAUGCACCGUCUCUUCCCGCACCAGCGAAUCUGGUCAUACCUCAACUCGGCCAUUAUCCUGUGGUACCUUGGAGAACUCUUCGUUGGUCUGAACGCUUCUCUCACUAGCUACUACAUCCUCGGCGCGUUCGGUCAGUUCUAUCUGCGCCGUUACCGACCGCAGUGGUUUGUGAAGUGGAAUUACCUCCUGUCUGCUGCGCUGGACGGUGGCACCCAAGUCAUGGUGUUCCUGGCUACAUUUGCGGUUUUUGGUGGUUCUGGCAACUCGGUUGCUUUCCCGACGUGGGCAGGUAAUCGUGCGAAUAAUUUCGAUUAUUGCGCGUAUAAUGCUCAGGGCUGA